AUUAGGGCAAAAAACGGGUAAUCCAUUGGUUGUUUCUCACUGCUCAGAGAAUCUGUUAAGGUUUUAGCGUUAUAUUUAAUCCUUAUCUGGGAGGAGAGGAAGUACAGUGUUAUUUAUUGGAGGAGGUUAACUAACUACUGAUAAGAUCUUCGUGUGUACCGGUAAAACAAAAAAGUUGUCAUCAUGGGAUGUUACGGAUGCAUGAAGUAUGGCGUUAUCUACGUUGCGCUCUUGUUUUUGAUCACUGGAGCAGCUAUUGUGGGCUUGUCAGCUUAUCUUUUAGCUGAACAGGAGCCCUACAUGGACCUUGCUCGUCCAACGGAUCAGGAUGCUUACUACUUGGUGUAUGGAAAAUGGUUUCUGGUCGUGGCUGGGUCGGUCAUGCUCCUCGGAGGCUUGCUCGGAUGUUGUGGGGGCUUCAAACAGUCUUCCACCCUCCUCACUUUGUUUUUCGCCAUUGUCUUGCUUAUUUCGUUUGCGGAAUUGGCUGGUGGAGUGUAUUGCUACCUACAUCAGGACGACUUUGUAAACCAUUUCCGAAACUUGAUGAAAAACUCGGUUCAAAAUUACUAUGGCGUUGAGGAAUAUCGCACAAAGGCUUGGGACAUGAUUCAAAUCGAGAUGAAAUGCUGCGGAGCCACCGGAUACAAGGAUUACAGUUCUAACAUUUUGCUUCGGGGCAACAAACCACAGGAGGCUCAAGGUGCGAUCGACAUGACUUUGAGUGCUAUCGCACCUACUUCUUAUGAGGUCCCAAGAAGUUGCUGCAUGGAUGUUGCGGAUUCUCAGUGUGACAAGGCUCGGACCAUCCCAUUUACGGCAUCACUUCCAGUCGUUGGCGACGUAUUUACCAGUUCAUUGAUUUACAGAGAGGGCUGUGCUGAAAAAUUUAUUGACUGGAUGAAAAGCAAGAGUCCUUACUUUAUUGGAACACUCAUUGGAAUUGGAUCUGUUCAACUCAUCUGUCUUUUGUUCACGUGCAUACUAAUUUUUGCAUACCGUGGUCGCAGAUCAUACAAAAACUGAAUUAUUUCUGAGACUGAAUUAGUCAUUCGAACGAAACCAAGCAUAAUAUUAAUGUACUCAACUCAACUAUAAUGAUCUGACAAUUCAACAAACCAACAAACAAACCAGCCAUCAUUCACUUUCAUUUUUGAAACAAAAAGUCUGUAAGUUUUUCUACAAUGUUGUUAUUAUAAAUAUUAGUUUUACUACAAAUUUGUCAAUUACGGUAGGAAAUCAAUUUGUUAAACGCUUCACCACUCAAUUCAUAAUGUACUGAACAAGUAGGAAAACAUUAACUCAUGAAUGUUCCCUGCUACAAUGGUUACAAACCCACCUCAUCUCAAUUAUACAUCACUCCAAAGCAUCAUAAAUCAUCAAAUAGUCUGCAUAACCCUACUACACUUUUCGUUUGAGCUUUUAUAUUUCGUUUUUUUAUAUAUAUAGAAAGCGAUAAUGCAAUGAUACAAUACUACAUACUAUGAGUUUUAAAUCCCUAAUCUAUAAAUCUACCACUUGAAAUUCAAGUCUUGAAUUUUGUACUGCUGUACGUAUUCCUUAUGCAAUUAUGAAUUAAAUAUAAUAGAUUAUUAAGUACUAGAAAAAGUCCAACUUACAAUAUACCCUGAUAAUAAGAAUAAUUAGAAAUAAUGGAGCGAGCUGUAUGUGGUUGAAUUACAACGCGCACAAAAAUCGCUGCAUAAUAAUUAAUUCAAUCUCAAUCCAUAAUAAUAAAUUAUUAUUGUUAAUAAUAUAAUAUGUAGUAAUAUGAAAGUCGGGUGUUUACUUAACUGAGAUUUAAAGGUCUGGAUAAAAACCGUGAUGAUGAUGAAAUGUAAUGUACUUUGGUAGUCAAACCUGGGUAGAAAUUUUAAAAUAUUAAAAAUUCAUCUAUUAUCUAUUACAUAAAUCUAUAAAUAUAAGAAAACAAAUCAGCUUUUCCUCAAUCGAGAGUUAAAUGUGUCAAUUUGCCAAUCCUUGUUCAAUGAGUAUAAUUGUUUUUCUUUUCUAUAAAAAAAAACGUAAAACUUUGUUGGCAUAAAAAUCGCCAGCAAUUUUCUUGAAAUUCAAUUUAUCUAUUAUUAAGUACACGUUUCCUUGUUUCAUGUUUUAAUUAUUUUGUACGGCGGAUUUUAUCAAUGUUUAAAUUAAUAAUUAUUAUGAUAUGGACAAUUUAAUAUACAAUAUUUGUACUUUUUUCAUGCUGUCAAUUAUGUUGAUUUUUUGCAAGAAUUGAGUAAUAAACAGGAAAGUUUUCUUAAA